AUGCUAUUCAAUCAAAUAGAUGACGAUUUUAAGCCAAUGUUUUUUGAUUUUGAUGUAAUGAUAUCUAAAGAUGACAAUCCUAUAAGUAUUCAAGAAAAAAAUAAUGCUUUGUAUUAUGCUAUAGAAGACAUCAGUUUACUAAAAACAAUAAAAGGCAAAUUAUCAAAAUUCGAUCAAAAAGAUAAAUCAUUGGGAUCAUUUGAGAAAGGAGUUAGUUAUUUAAUAGCAUACAGCUCAUUAUUAGAUACGCUGAUUUUUGAUUUUUUUGUUCAAAUAGUUGCUAGUGUAGCAGGAGAAUACUAUAUUUCGAGAGAAGGCAAGGAAUGUAGUAUAUCAGAUAGUGAGCAUUUGGAAGAUAAAUUAAAGCUGAUGAAUAUUGAUGAAUGCAAUGAAUGUAUUAGGUUAAUACUUUUUAGCUUAGGAUUGGAAGGCAAAAUAAUAUGUGAUAAAAGUUUAAAGAAUGAAAUUAGUGAAUAUCUGAACAACUCAUAUCAUACUAGUUUGAUUUUGGAUAUAGAUCAAGAAAAAUAA